AUGUCCGAGAGGUGCUCAGCGCUCUACGCAGGCCUGACAGGGCCAAGCGCGAGUCGCUUUAGCGUCAGGCUGGCUGUAUCUGCAGUUUUCCCGCCAUUCAACAUGCCAUCAGACGAGGGCAAUACUACUUCCCAACCCCCGCCAUACACGGCAUCCACCGCAAUCAACCAGACCAUCGGCGUGGAAGUCCCUUCGCUCGCUGCGGUCCCAUCCGCAACCUCAACCAAUCAUGGCGAUGGCAACGUCCAAAAUGGCAAGAGUAAAUACCCUCCGGUGUCUUCCAUUCCCCACACCACCCGCUCUCGCUUAGCCGCCGCCUCUCCCCAAAACAUCCCGACGACAUACAUACCCGCCGCCACCUUCUCGGUUGACUCGUCCCCCGAGGCCGACGCCGCCGCCGCUGCCGACACGGUCCUCUACCUGGCCUAUGGUAGCAACCUGUGCGCCCAGACCUUCCUUGGCGUGCGCGGGAUCCGACCGCUGUCGCGCGCCAAUGUCACCGCGCCUUCGCUCCGCCUCGUUUUUGACCUGCCGGGCGUGCCCUACGUCGAGCCAUGCUUUGCCAACACGGCCCCGAGGAAGCUGCCCAAGGUGCCCGGCGGAGACAAGCCGCCGAUUCCCAUCCCGGAGAUACCGCCACGAAGUAGCCGCUUCGAAACCAACAGCCACGGCGACCCCGUCUGGGACAAGGGUCUGAUUGGCGUCGUGUACGAGGUCACACGGGAGGACUACGCCAAGAUCGUGGCUACCGAGGGCGGCGGUUCGUCUUACCAGGAUAUACUGGUCCCCUGCCUCGAGCUUCCGCCGUCCAUCUCCGUGCCCGAAAAGCCGUCUCCGAUCCCAGAGCUGCCCAAGCCGUUCCUGGCACACACGCUCUUCGUCCCACCAAAGAUCCCCGUCGGCGGGGACGGUGAGCAAGAUCCCGACCAGCCCAAAAAGCCAGAGGUGCCCUGGUACGCGCGGUUCCUGGGCCAACGCCGCCGCCCUGACCCGGACUACGCCCAGCCGAGCCUGCGGUACCUGAACCUGCUGCGCGAGGGCGCACGGGAGCACGACCUGCCCGCCGACUACCAGGCGUGGCUGGCCGAGCUGCACCACUACGCCGUAACGACGACUCGCCAGAGGAUCGGACAGUGGGUGCUGAAGCUGACGUUGUACCCAGUGCUGGUGCUGACCUUUGGGCUCGGACGGCUGUUUUCCGACGAACGAGGAAUUCAACCGUUGUGGCUGCAGGUCUGGACGGGCAUGGUAUUUGUUGCGACUUGGAAGGUGUACGACGCCGUGCUGCAGCCGUUGUUUGGAGAUGGCGAGCGGACGAUGGUAAAGGAGGAGGAUGUAAGAUGGAAGCAAGGCUGGAAUGGGGUGGUGGAGAAGUCUAGGAGGAAACUGAGCAUCAAUCAUCCAAUUGAGGCUGACGAGGAGAAGAGACCUUUGUUGAAGAUUAUAAGGUGAGGGGGGCUUAUUCCUUAAAAUGUGUUGGUUAAUGUUUACAAGAAAGUCGGUGUUUUGACGAUGACUACAAGUUAUCUUCAAUGCAAUUAGUGUUCCUGAAUCCACGAUAUUGUCAAACA